AUAAGAAUUUGGGUGACAGACGGGCAAAGGGGGGGGUGGGUGGUGUUGUGUUGUUGGCCUUUGGCGCUGCGUAGUUCCAUUCCCCAUAACAUCUUCUGUUCCAUCUUCAAACCUUAACCGACUCCCACCAACCCACCCCCCUAAAUUUUCCCUUGUUUACACAUUUUACACCCCCUCUUUCUUACAAUUCACUUUUUUUGUUCCUUUCAUUUUCUUUGGAUGGCUAUCUCUGGAUUUCUACUACAUCAUCAUCAAUCCACUUUUUUAUCGCACUACCAGGAAUCUGCUGGAUCAGAAGAAAGGGCAAAGUUCGCAGCUCAUCAGUCUUAUAGGCCUGGGUUUAGUGUAAAAUUUCAACAGAACGGGGUUUCUUCGACAAAUAACUUUUUUCAUGGGUUCCUGAUCAGACUGUGCAUUUCAUCUCAAAUGCUCAGACUAAGUAGGUCCUCAUCAAGUUCAUUAUCAUCCAUUGCUUCUUCGAGUAGAGACAAUAUCAUUGCCGAGGAUAAGCCUUAUUUGGACGUAACACUCACAGAUGAAUUGGAAAUUAACCGUGUUAAUUGUCUUGUCCGGGCAUUGCACGAAUCUGCCAAAAGCUUUUCGCUUGAAAUUCAGUCUUUGGAAUUGGCCAGGAGUGGGCCUGAACUUUCAAAUGCAUGGAUUGGAGUGGAUGUGCAUGCUUGGCAUAAGCGUAUGGCUUAUCAGGUAGCAGUAUAUGGUUUACUGAAAUCUGCAAUUGAAGUCGAGUUAUUUCUUUCUCAAAAGCGUUUCAACAGUCCUGUAAGUGAAAUUCUGUCUGCUAAGACAUUGUCUCUUGGCGAGUUUGUUGAGAAUCAGUUGAAUGCCAAGCAUCCCAGAUUGGUGCAGUGGUUUAGAACUGUGGAGCUUCCACGUAUAGCAGGAUCAUUUAUCCCAUUGUUCAAAAAGUGGUCUGUUGAAUACGCUGGAAGUGGUGUUGCAGGAGUCAUUUUGGCUAUAAGUUGCUGCGCGGCUGUAAGAAAGCUGGGUUCGGGCCGCGUUGCUUGUGCUUUAUUAACAGAGUCAAUUGAUGAUGUCCUGGUAGAGCUUAUGGAGUUAUCAUGCAGUCUUGUGACAGUAGACAAGCUGCAGCACUUGGCCCUUGAGGCAGGAUAUGAAGACGAGUUUUUAUUGCAUUUUGGUAAAAAGGUUUUGCCAAAUAAGAACAUUGAAGAUGUUGAAUUUUGGAUUGGGUUGGUCCAGGAAAAACUAGUGUCAGCAUUUCACAGAGAAAGUGUAUUAACAAGCAAACUUACACUCAAUGACAAGAUUGAAGAGACUACUUUGGCUACUCUUGGAAUUUUUGCAUUUCUUGGACGAGAGACAAGAUUAUUCUUGUCAGAAAUGAACAUAAAAGAUCUUGAUGACCAGAUCAAGGACUUUCUCAGUUACUUGGAGUGUGGCAGCCUUUAUAUAUGUCCUGAAUUCAGCUCCCUACCUGAGUAUCAGCUUUUCAUCGAGGUGGUUAUAGAUGAAAUUGGAUGGCUUGACUUCUAUGUGCCACUUAGAACCAAGUUCCAUCAUGAUGGAAGAAGAUCAAGACAUCAGACUAUCCAGGCGGAAAAGGAAAUAAUUCUUUAUACUGUGCUUACUGUUUGCUAUGAUGUUUUUUGCGGAUAUGCUCACUAUUGCAAUUCUUCUCAACAACCAAUGGAUGCAAAUUUGCUUUCAUUUUUGCUUCGAAGUCAGACCUUAUUAUCUUAUUGUCUUGAGGAGUAUUGGGCUGCUUACGAUAAAUCAGGUGAAUUAAUGAAAUUUUCAGAACCAUCCGUUCAAAAUAAUAAAGGGAUGACAAACUCGUCGAUAUUACUAGAAGCUCAGCAGAAACCGGUUGAUUUGAUGAGAAGAAUAAAUAAUCAAAAUGUAUCUACAAGUAGGAAGGGUGCCAGUUUAGCUGGAAAUGACCCUGUAAAACAUACAAAGAAGGGAGGUGGAACUAAUAAGCAACCCUUAUAUAAACGCUAUGUGAGGGAAUAUACCAUGAAGUUGGUUACUGCUAGUAAUGACAUAUGGAUGGGCACUCAAUUGCUCUUUAUAGAUGUGAGGGAUAUCUCUCGGCUCCUUGUGAAACAAUUGUGUGGCAACAAGCUUACAAGUAGAGAAAGAGGGAAGAUAAAUAGAACCCUCAAUGAUAUUGCCACUCUUGUACCAAUCACGAUCUUGAUGUUAAUUCCUGUAUCAGCUGUAGGCCAUGCAGCAAUGCUAGCAGUAAUCAAAAAGUACAUUCCAUCAUUGAUUCCUUCUCCAUAUACAUCUAAACGACUCAACUUCGUGAAACAACUAGAAAGAACAAAGAAGAUGGAAGUUGAAUCAUGGGCCAUCGAAGGUCUAGGUCCAACAAGAGAAACCAGUAAGGAUAACGAAGAAGAUAAAAGUUUUACAGUAACAAUGCCAUAAUGAUCACCGGGUAACAGAAGAUGCUCCCGCUCGUGGUUGUUUUUGCACAAGUUCAGAGCUUGUAUAUAAGUUAGAUUUCGAUGUAUACAUAACUUUAUGUCAAACAUUUUGUCAAUCCUGCAGAUUUAGUUUGGAGGGGUCAUAGUUGCCAAAAUUUAAAUUGCGUGUUUGUGUGGCCCCUGUUUUUUGCUUGUUUUGUUCUUUAAAUAGAUAUCCAUGUACUGGAUGUAUAGUAAGGUAAAGUUGUGUCCUUUUUUAAGAGGAAACUUGGGACGUAAAACAUUUAAUGUGUUUUCACCAUAAAUGUUCACUCUUUUGGGCCCA